ACCCCAGGGAGGCGUCCUCUGACCUUUGCACUUGGCGUCUCCGAACUUGGGCGCCUUCCGCAUUGACCCGGCUGUCCUGAGCCGGGGCCCCAGCACCCAGCAAGCACCAUGCCCUCUGGGGAAUAAAGGCCGGCGGGAUGACGCCUAGGUGGCUGAGAAGAUGAUUUGUCCAUGUCGGCCAAGGAGGGGCCAGAAGUUUCUAUACAGAAGGGGAGGAUUCCAGCUGAGUUUCGAAUAAGUGGGAGUUGGGAGGUGCCGAGGGGCAAGAGGCCAUUCAUUCCUUCAGAGGGAACAGAAUGUUCAAGACCUGCAGAUCCUUUCCAGGAGGUCAGUUAUGGGUGUGAGAGGCUUACAGGGAUUUGUGAGAAGUAGCUGCCCACAUAUAUGUAUGGUAGUAAAUUUCAAAGAGCUGGCAGAGCACCACCGAAGCAGACAUCCUGGAGGGACUCCUACCAUUGUGGUCGAUGCCAUGUGUUGCCUCAGAUACUGGUACACGCCGGACUCUUGGAUCUGUGGUGGCCAGUGGCGGGAAUACUUUUCUUCUUUGCGAGAAUUUGUGAAAACUUUUACAGCUGUUGGCAUCAAGUUGGUAUUCUUCUUUGAUGGCAUGGUGGAGCAGUCCAAGAGAGACGAGUGGGUGAAACGAAGACUCAAGAACAACAGGGAGAUAGCCAAGAUCUUCCAUUAUAUCAAGUCCCACAGGGAGCAGCCUGGCAGAAACAUGUUCUUCAUCCCCUCAGGGCUGGCCAUAUUUACUCAGUUUGCUUUGAAGGCCCUGGGUCAGGAAACUCUGUGUUCGUUACAGGAGGCCGACUAUGAGGUGGCUUCCUAUGGCCUCCAGAACAACUGUCUUGGGAUUCUUGGAGAAGACACUGACUAUUUAAUUUAUGACACCUGUCCCUACUUUUCCAUCAGUGAGCUCUCCCUGGACAGUCUGGACACCAUCAUGCUGUGCCGAGAGAAGCUCUGUCAGAGCCUGGGUCUCAGCCUGUCUGACCUUCCUCUUCUGGCCUGCCUGCUUGGCAACGACAUCAUCCCAGAAGGCAUGUUCGAAAGCUUUCGUUACAAGUGCUUGUCUUCUUAUACCUCUGUGAAAGAGAACUUUGACAAAAAAGGUAACAUUAUCUUAGCUGUAGCGGACCACAUAUCUAAAGUUCUUCGGUUGCAUCAAGGUGAGAAGAAGCUGGAAGAGAUGUUACCUUUGGGGCCAAACAAAGCUCUUUUUUAUAAAGGAGUGGCAUCAUAUCUUUUGCCAGGACAGAAGUCUCCAUGGUUUUUCCAAAAACCUAAAGGCGUAGUAACUUUGGACAAGCAGGUACUGUCCAUGAGUUCAGAUCCUAAAUCCAAGCAAGAAGUUCCCGUGUGUACAGACCCUGAAUCCAAGCAGGAAGUUCCCAUGUGUACAGACCCUGAAUCCAAGCAAGAAGUCCUUUUGUAUACACACCCUGAAUCCAAACAAGAGGUUCCCGUGUACACAGACCCUGAAUCCAAACAAGAAGUUCCCAUGUGUACAGACCCUGAACCCAAGCAAGAAUUUCCCUUAUGUACACACCCUGAAUCCAGGCAAGAAGUUCUCUUAUGCACACAUCCUGAAUCCAAGCGGAAAUUACCUGUAGAUACGGACCCUGAAUUUAACCUAGAAGCACCCCUGUGUACAAACCCUGAAAUUAAACAAGAAGAUCUUGUAAAUAUGGGGCCUGAAGUCAAGCCACAAAUAACUAUGGUUUCGGAUCCUGAGAUCUUGAAGGUCGCCAGAGCACAUCACGUCCAGGCAGAGAGCUACCUGGUGUACAACGUCAUGAGCAGCGGGGAGGUCGAAUGCAGCAACAGUCUGGAGGAUGCGAUGGACCAAGCUCUGCCCAGCCAGGCCUUCGUCUACCGCCCAGUGCGGCAGCGGGUGUACUCCCUCUUGCUGGGGGAUGGCGAAGGUGGUACCAGCACCUGCCCCACUGUCAAGGAGUGGUUUGUGUACUCUGGGAACCCACUGAGGCAGCCGGACCUCGUCAGGCCUCUGCAGAUGAGCAUUCCAGGGGGAACGCCUAGUUUGAAGCUGCUGUGGCUGAGCCAAGAGGCAGGACUACAGGCCCAGCGCUUGGACACACUCCUGGCCUGUUUUGACCUUUCCUCCUCGCGAGAAGAGCUGCAGGUGGUCGAGAGCCCCUUUCAAGCGUUGUGCUGCCUCCUGAUCUACCUCUUUGUGCAGGUGGACACCCUCUGUCUGGAGGAUCUACAUGCCUUUAUUGCACAGGCCCUGUGCCUCGAAGGAAAGACCACCAUGGAGCUUGCAGACUUGCAGCUCGACCACGUCGACCCCAGGGCCGUGCAGCUGGGUACCCUCCUGGUCCGCGGCCUCACCACCCUGGUGCUGGUUAACAGUGCCUGCGGCUUCCCCUGGAAAACGUCGGACUUCAUGCCCUGGAAUUUGUUUGACGGGAAGCUGUUUCAUCAGAAGUACCUGCAGUCUGAGAAAGGGUACACAGCAGAGGCGCUUGUGGAACAACACAGGUCCUGGCUCACCAGAUUCCAUGCCCUGAAGUCAGUCGUGUGCAAGGCCUGCAUGAAGGAGAACAGACCCAUCGUCAGCAGGCGGCACUGGCGUUCACACCACUCAGGGCGGAGGGGCCGACAGGGAUCCAGCGACCACAGGAUGAGCUCUGGGUACAGCCGGUCUGGCCAAGGACAGCACUGGAGGGACCAGGGGCCAGGAAGUAGACAGUAUGACCCUGACCAAUGGAGAAGAUAUUAAUCAUCUUCUGGGGCUGUCUGAGCAGGAUCCUUGCUCCUGGAGGCCAGUGGAGCCAAGCGACUUUGACCCCACGGAGGGCGGGAGCCCUGCCUUUCCACCCCGAGGACGGACCCCUUCUCCCAACACAACCCAUGUCACACGGACGAAGCAGUGAUCGCAUGGGAUGAACUUACCGGGAAGAGACGAGGAAGCUGGACAUAUGCAUGUUGUGGAAUAAACUCAAGAAUUGAAAAGCCGUGGAACUAGGGACCUGGGUUUAAGGUUGAGGUCUCCAAGUCUGUGAACCUGCCCCUCUCCCGGGGACGCGAGUCCUGUGCCAGAUACAGGCUGGCACCAGGUGGGCCCCCCUCGGGGGCUCGACCGGGCUGGCAGGAGGCUGUCCCCUUGUCCGGGGUCUGUAGCUCUGCGGCACCUGCCCACUGUCCAGACGCUGUCCUCCUCGCCGAGCUGACCAUCUCCCCCUGGAGCCCAGCUCCAGUUUCCAGCUGUUCCCACGGAUCUGAAAAGAAACUACGAUUUGCACAGCAGCCGAAGGGGCUUUUUCAUUCUGGAGUAUCUGUAACAGGUGGGAAACCGAUCUCCCAAAUGAGCCUCGUUGACACCCCUCUGUCCCUGUUUCUUGUGGGGAGAACAGCAUCUGGCUUAUAGAAGCUACAGCCGCGGCCUCUACAUGUAGUCGGGCCGCAAAGCCAGGUCUGAUUGCCCAGUUCAGUUUUAGUUUUGCCCACAGAGGUAGCUGUUGUGUUUUGGCUGUGUGAUAGUGAUGACGGGGCUAAAUGAGACAGGUGCUUCUCUGUAAGCACCUUUGCUGAGCACACAGAGACCUUGCACUGUGACUGUAAGUGGCCUUAGCCACUCGCCCAGUGAUCCUGUCGGCUGCUUUUUGUGCCGGGGGCCAGGAGACCCCCUCAGCCCCAUGUCGGGUGGACUGCAGAGGAGGUGGAGAAGAUGGGAGGGGCUGGGGUUCCCAUCACAAACACUCCCUGCAGCACGUCCAGCUCACGGGGGGUGGACCCCACUCCCCGGCCCCACACAUGGUUCUCUGAGCCAGUCCUGUUUUCUCCCAGGGCCCCAGCAAGGCACAAGCUGACCCUGACUUUCAUAAGAAACUGUGGCCGGCAUGAGGGGCCGGGGCCAUGUGGCCAAGGUGGUUGGGAGACUGGCUGUGUGACUUUUCAGCAAGUUACCCUCUCUGAGCCUCAGUUCCCUCAGCUCGGAAAGCAGGACAACACUGGGUAUCAUGUAAGGACCAGCAUGCAGUGCCCAGCACACGGGAGGUCUGAACAGUCGCCGCUUUCCUCCCUUCCCCCCCACCCCCCCCGGUGGGACCCCCGAGGGGUGGGCCCAAAGCUCGAUGUCACUGGGAGUCACCCUUGAGCCAUGGUUCUUGCUUCUCAGCGGAUGUGCCGCGCCCGCCCCGUGGGAUCCUCAGCAGUGGGGAUGGGGGCAGGGCAGGAGGAGGUGGGGCCAGGGGGCCACAGACGUGCAGCCCCAUCUGCCUGGGACCCAGGCGGCAGUGCCGUUGCUGUGUUUGUGUCCAAAGCCCAUGUUUCAUCGCAGAACCUGACAGUAUGUGGAUGGGAUACUUGGGUGAUCGCCUUGACAACAGGCACCUCUAAAUCCUCUGUCCCGGCAGAUCCGCAGUGGCCUCGCCCUCCUGGCGAGAAUGGUGCCGUGUUGCCUCACCUGGGUCUACAGUGUGUGUGUGUGUGUGUGCGCGUGCGCGCGCGCGCGUGUGUGAGUUACAUCUCUCGGCAGCUGCCGCCCACGCAAGGCCAGCCAGCUCUUCUUUCUCCUCUUCCCCCCAGGGGAAGGGGCCUUACCUGACGCAGCAGGGGUUUGUGGAGUGUCCACUUGCAGCUUGCCAGGCAGGGGGGGGGUCACUACUCAGCCGGCCACCACCUCGCCCCUCCCCGGCUCAACUCAGGCGGAGUUGGAGCUCUCUGGGCCACCGUGACCCCCCCGCCGUAGGAGUCCCCGUGACUUUGGGGGAGGCAGCGUCCCUGCCCUCUUCUGAGAGGGAGCCGUACGACCCUGGGUGGGGGUCAGGCAGAGAGGGCAGUGGGGCUGGUUCGUCACCACCCAGCUCUGCUCGUGCGAGAGGACAGAGAAGGACCAGGCACACCUUCCUCACCUCCGACCGGGGGCGCGUCCCACCAGCCCUGGUGUCCUCUGGGGCAGUGUCGGCACGGCCAUCCGUGGGUCCUCUGGGGACCAGGGUGGGUCCUCCACUUCUCUUGUAAAUGAGGAACGGAACAGAGGUCUGCCUCAGCCCCGAGGGGGCGGGGCUCUGGCCCUGACCCGCAGACACAGGAAUCUGCUUUCUUUAAACAAGAGCGGGCAUGCACCUGCUCUUGGAGUGGCUGUUAGGUGUGACCCGGACGUUGGGUCAGGUGCUCGCCGACCGCUGACCCAGCCCCUUCGGCCACAUUUCCUCAGGCUCCUGUAGCGGACUGAGUGGAUCUCAGACUUUGUGGCCAGAACCGCCCAGAGUUCAGGACCAGGCGGGCACAGGAACCUGCGUUUCUAACAUUGCUGAGGAGCUGCUGGUGCCCCUGGCCCGGGGAGCAGACUUGGGGACCCAGCCUCACUGCUGACAUUCAGCUUCAACUCCAGGGCUCGCGGGAGGCGCCCAGGGCCCCUAGGAGGCAGGAAGGCCCAGUUAAGGGGUACAUCAUGCUGCUGAAACCUGAAUUUGUGUGUAAAUUUCCUGGGGAUCCUGGUUCAGGAGGCCUGGUCCCCCUUGUGAUCAGUGUUGACAGCACAGUACAUCGCAGGGGCCACCUUGCUUCUCGGUGCUGGGGACCAGGCCCCGACAUCCGCGGCUGCUCUGUGGUCCAUGUGUCCCCCUUCUCGACCGGAGGCCUCUGCCUGACCCACGGGAGCCUGCUCCGGGGGACUCGGAACUCCUGCCCCACCCGGUGGCCGGAACCCCAAGCGGCUUAAAAUCUCUGUCCUGCUGGCUGUCACCUGCUGGCGAGGACCUGGUUAGAGGGCCGGCGGGUCGUGCCCCACCCAGGCUCCAGGCUUACCCACCUGGGUGCCGGGACCCAACACCCGGCCCCGGACCAGCCGCUGAAUCGCCCGAGGGCGACGCCCCUCACGCCGCAGAGCCUCGGGCAGAAGAGUUCCCUCUGCUGCCCCCGCGCUGCUCUCCCGGCCCAGGCUUCCUCCUCUGAAGUUUUCCCUCCCAGCCCCCCAUGCAGACGUGACACGUGAUAAAGAAGAAUGAGCCGACCUCCGGCUCUUAUCUGGGGAUAUGGGGCAGGCGACCCUUCCACCGACCGACCCGCCACGGACACGCCAGGCCCCUCUCUCCGGCGGACGGUGUCCUCCUGCCCUUGUGCUGGCCCCACACCAGUGUCACAAAUCACAGCGUUUCUGAGCUGAGGAGACUCCAGGACGAGCUGGACGACCACGCCCGCCCCUCCAGCCGACGGCAUGGGCGCAGGGGGAGCGUGCCUGGGCCUCCAUCUGAGCGAAGCGAUCGGAAGUCGGGGCUGCAAGCUGCGACGCCCCUGACCGCGGCCUCGGCCGCAGAGGAAUGUGCCGCCGUGAACCGCUUCACACUUGGACUUCCCACCUGCGAGGGGCCGGCAGGGGGCGCUCAGGACACCGCCCUCCCUGGGCUUUGAAGUGGCCACGCCUGCACCUCGGCCAGCAGAGGGUGGGAGCCUGGCGGGCAUCACACCUUCCCGCCGGUUGCAGGGUUGCCCGGGGCCUCCUCCGAGGGAGUCACAGAUCUGCAUAACCCAGAGGAGGGGCGGGGUGGCAGCACAGGGCAGCUGGCAGAUGAGAAAGGUCAGCUGUGGGCCCCCCCAGGCCGCAGACCUAACCCCAGCAAUGGCUUGGGGUUCCAGGUGCCACCUGGGCGGGCUUGGGUUGUUCUCUGUGGGAAUUGCUGCACAGACACUUCCGCUGCUGGGAAGCUGGUGGGGAGCAAGUUCCGGGGUCUCCAACUCCACAGAGGGGUCUGAACCCCCAAAGCCAGGAUUACGUCGGCCUUUGCCCUUGGAUCACAAGCCAACGGGCUUACUGAGCCAGUUAAGGCAAUGAAGCCGUGUGGCCCCCGAGGACUUGACGGGGUUAAGGCUGAGGGAGGGGUGCAGCCCGAACCUGCUGGCAGGGGGACCGACGUCCCCCAGGCUUCCUGCUGCCCGUCAUGGCCCCGGGCCCUGGGCAGCCCUCCAGGGUCCUGGCUGCAGGGUGAGGCUGGGUGUGGAAGAAAAGUCACUUAGGGAAGCUUUCCACUCAGGCCUGCCUCGCCGCCAGGGGUGCUCAGAAUAUUGCUUUUGAGAAGAUUCUGAGGCGGGGCCCCAAACGCUCCGUUCCCACAGUGAAGGGCCCAGGACCCGGAGCCCGCGGCCUGGAGGCCGGAGGCAGCGGCACGGGGCCCAGGAGGGAGGGUGGUGGGCCCCGGCGCUGGCCGGGGAGCUGCGUGCCUCUAACCCACUUGACAGAUCAGGGAAUCGAGGCUCUGGGAGACAAGGCACCCACCCAGGUCACCGCGACCCAGUUCUGCUGGCUCCCAGGGGGCCCAGCACUCUGCUCCUGUCCCACGGCGCCGCAGCCCCUCCCUGUCAGGGGUGACGAAGGCCACAUCCGAGCCAGGAAAGCCCUGUGCCAGCACCUAGCCACAGGCCCCCUGGGCUCCGACUCCUCAGGAGACAGGAGCGGCCACAACCCCUGGGUGCCUGCACACCCCAUGACCUACUGAGAACAGCAGACGUGCAUGUCGAAGGAAGCGGAAGUGAGGACGCACGGGGGCCCGAGGGGCCAGGGGCAGCCAGCGCUGCAGUGGGUGGGAUUCGGGCCACGCUCAGGCCUGCGCCAAGGCUUCGGUCAGACUUCUGGGAAACGGGGUCCCCCAAUCAGGGCAGCAAACCUUGUCUCGAUGAGGGUGGGGAGAGCCGGUGGGACAGGUGUGGAGCAGACACACAGUAAAUCCUGGGGAAAGCGGCAGGGGCACAAGAGGGAGGGAGGUGGCUUCUGCUGGACAGGCAAACGGGGCCGCAUGUCUGAGCCUCCAUCCAGCCUGGGGUAAAGCCAGAGGGAGCAGGCGUUGGGGCAGGCUCAGGCCAGGCCACACCAUCAGAAAGCCUGGGCUGACGUGCCUGGGCCGACCCCUCUGGGACACACUCGUGGCGCCUCGGAUGGGCCGGGCCACGCUAGCCGUGAGUGCCAGGGCUCCCGGCCUCACGUCCACGCCCGCUGCCCUGACGCUGCCUGGUGACUCUGGCCCUGCGAGGGCUGGCUGAGCAGUGUUCUAGAAAAGCCCACCCUCUGUGUCCUCAGAAGCAGGCCAGCAACUGGCCGACCCCCCAGCACAUCCCUGGAGCCCCCUUUCUACCCAGUGGUCUGUCCAAAUCCUCCCCGCGUCAAAAGGAAUGCUUUCAGCUACAAGUAGCAGACUCCUGGAAUAACAGUGUCUUCAGCAAACAAGCUGUUUUUCUCACAGAACAGGGAGUCUUGAGGUGGGGAGCUCAGGGCUAUUUCAGUGCUCACUGAUACCAGGCCGCUGGGUGAGCGCCUCCUCAUGGCCACAACGUGGCUGCACAGCCGUAAGUGUGAUAUGCUUACACAAAGCCAGAGGGAAAGGAGUGGGUGAGAAAACGUCCACCUAAUUAAUAAACAAAUAACAUAAUGUGUGCAAGGUGUCCCAUAACAGGGGCAGCAAAAUCGUAGUUUUCGCUUUUAUUAAAAAAAAAAAGAAAGAAAGAAAGAAAAAAGAAAAC